GUGCGCUGGCGAGACGCGCUCAGAUAUACUGAGCGAGCGCUGAGAGGCAGCCUCAGAUCCUGACGGUGCAGCAGCCCGCAGCCUCAGCCAGGGAGUCCCAGCCGCUUUCAAUGGAGGAGAAGCCCGGCCAGCCACAGCCUCAGCACCAUCACAGCCACCACCAUCCGCACCAUCACCCCCAGCAGCAGCAGUCGCACCACCACCACCAUUAUUACUUCUACAACCACAGCCACAACCACCACCACCACCACCAUCACCAGCAGCCUCACCAAUACCUGCAGCAUGGAGCCGAGGGCAGCCCCAAGGCCCAGCCCAAGCCGCUGAAACAUGAGCAGAAACACACCCUCCAGCAGCACCAGGAAACGCCGAAGAAGAAAACAGGCUAUGGUGAAGUAAAUGGUAAUGCCGGAGAGAGAGAGAUAUCUUUAAAGAGCCUCAGUUCUGAUGAAGCUACUAACCCUAUUUCUAGGGUCCUCAAUGGCAACCAGCAAGUUGUAGACACUAGCCUGAAGCAGACUGUAAAGACCAGCACCUUUGGAAAAGCAGGAAUUAAAACCAAGAAUUUUAUUCAGAAAAACAGUAUGGACAAAAAAAAUGGGAAGUCUUAUGAAAACAAAUCUGGAGAGAACCAGGCUAUAGAUAAGACCGACACUGUAGCAAUUCCAAAUGGCGUUAUAACAAAUAAUUCAGGCUAUAUCACUAAUGGUUAUAUGGGCAAAGGAGCAGAUAAUGAUGGUAGUGGAUCUGAGAGUGGAUAUACCACUCCUAAAAAAAGGAAAGCUAGGCGCAAUAGUGCCAAGGGUUGUGAAAACCUUAAUUUAGUGCAGGACAAAAUAAUGCAGGAGACUAGUGUCCCAGCAUUAAAACAGGGACUUGAAAGUUUAAAGCCUGACUACAGUGAUCAAAAGGGAACUCGAGCAGAUAACAGUUCGAAGCCUGUUUGGAAGUAUGAAACUGGACCUGGAGGAACAAGUCGUGGAAAACCUGCUGUGGGUGACAUACUUCGUAAAAGCUCAGAUGUUAAACCUGGUUUGAACAACAAAAAGUUUGAUGAUCGGCCUAAAGGAAAGCAUGCCUCAGCUGCUGCCUCCAAAGAGGACUCGUGGACCUUGUUUAAACCACCCCCAGUUUUUCCAGUGGACAAUAGCAGUGCUAAAAUAGUUCCUAAAAUAAGUUAUGCAAGCAAAGUUAAGGAAAACCUCAACAAAACUGUACAGAACUCUUCGGUGUCACCAUCCUCAUCUUCAUCCUCUUCAUUAUCUACUGGGGAAACUCAGACCCAACCUUCAAGCCGACUGUCCCAGGUCCCCAUGUCAGCUCUGAAAUCUGUUACUUCUGCCAACUUUUCUAAUGGGCCUGUUUUAGCAGGAACUGAUGGAAAUAUGUAUCCAUCAGGGGGUCAGCCACUGCUAACUACUGCUGCUAAUACUUUAACACCCAUCUCUACUGGGACUGAUUCAGUUCUUCAGGACAUGAGUCUGACUUCAGCAGCUGUUGAACAAAUUAAGUCUAGCCUUUUUAUCUACCCUUCAAAUAUGCAAACGGUGCUGUUAAGCACUGCACAAGUAGAUCUGCCUUCUCAGACAGAUCAGCAAAACCUGGGGGAUAUCUUCCAGAAUCAAUGGGGUUUAUCAUUUAUAAAUGAGCCCAGUGCUGGCCCAGAGACUGUUAUUGGAAAGUCAUCAGAUCAUAAAGUGAUGGAAGUGACAUUUCAAGGAGAAUAUCCUGCCACUUUGGUUUCACAGGGUGCUGAAAUAAUUCCCUCAGGAACUGAGCAUCCUGUGUUUCCCAAGGCUUAUGAGCUGGAAAAACGGACUAGUCCUCAAGUUCUGGGUAACAUUCUAAAACCCGGGACUACUGAGAGUGGAGCCUUAUCCUUGGAACCCAGUCAUAUAGGUGACCUGCAAAAAGCAGACACCAGUAGUCAAGGUGCUUUAGUGUUUCUCUCAAAGGACUACGAAAUAGAAAAUCAAAAUCCUCUGGCCUCUCCCACGAACACUUUGUUAGGCUCCGCCAAAGAACAGAGAUACCAGAGAGGCCUAGAAAGGAAUGAUAGCUGGGGUUCUUUUGACCUGAGGGCUGCUAUUGUAUAUCACACUAAAGAAAUGGAAUCUAUAUGGAAUUUGCAGAAGCAAGAUCCCAAAAGGAUAAUCACUUACAAUGAAGCCAUGGAUAGUCCAGAUCAAUGAAGGACCAGACUGCCUGUUUGUAACCUUUCUGCAGCAUUAGAGCCACUGUUCAUGGGGGACACAAGGCUUUUAUGCUCCUAGAUCUUCAACGCAGCAGAGGAACCAUAAGUAGAAUCACAGGAUAAUAUAUACAAAUAUAUAUAUAUACAUAUAUAUAUAUAUAUAGUUAUUUAAAAAAAAGGCAACUGAAAGUAAUUAGACUUCUUAAGGAAUCAAAUUUAUUUCAAGAGACUACACAUGGUUAUUUAAUCUCCGGUACUGAAUAGUCUUUUUCUUUUAUUUUGUUAGUUUUUGUUUUUAAGUGUGAAUGCAAGUGAUUAAUGAAUACAGACUUAACAAGCGUGGUUCUAAAGUUCCUGCUGUCAUCGACUUGGGCAACAAAUGACCCACUGGAAAAAAGGCAAAUCCACUUACUAGACAUCUGUAUCUUGUUCUGUGACUAAAGUGAUACACUAAUCACGGGGAACCCAGAAUGAUGCAACACUUUCCCCUACUCCGCCCUUGAUCUUUUAGUUUUAUUUUGAGCCCUGUGAGAAUGCUGGAUAAAUGCCUUGAAGUUUGCAGGGAUGGUUUUUUGUUGUUGUUGUUGUUUUUUGUUUUUUGUUUUUUUUUUAAUCCGAUGAUUUGCAUGUCUUGCCAGGAGUUGUGCAGCCUCUGUGGGGUGUUGGGAAUAGUUCCUUCCUUUCCUUUUAUUUUUUGUGGGGUGGGGACAGGGGGAGGGCAUUGAAGUUCCUGGAAUAGUUUGUGGGUACAUAGUUAACUUACUUUGGUUACAUGUUUGACUUUUAACAGCUGACGAAUCCAAGAAUGUCACUUAAUGAAAAGUUGCAGAACAAGUAAUUGGCUGAUAAAUUAUCCAUUAUAAUUGUGUAACUGGGAGCAAAAAUAUAUUCUGCUUUUCGCUGUAGGUGCUCAGACUUGCUCUCCGUCACUAACACUAAAUGUGUACUCUUGUUUUUCAUCAAACAUCUAAGAGAAACUUAUGUAUCUUUCUGUAAAUUCUUUUAAUUUCAGUUUCUCAUCAAAAUCUAAAAAGGAAAAGUUCAUGAAAAAAAUGUUUGUUUUUAGCCAGUGAGGAGGUAAUAAACACUGCUUGUAGAAGGUGUGUUUUCAUGCAAAUUCUACUUCUGAGCUUACUAGCUUCUAAUUAUAUGGUAAUAUAUUUUAUUAUUAGAGCAAGAUGGAUUUUUUAAGGAAAAUAAUGUGAAAAUCUGAAAAUUUUGUUUUGGGCAGAAAAAAGCAUUAGCCCUGUCUUAUCAUCGCAUUACCAUCCUGUUGCGCUGCAGCUUGUGUAUAGCAUGCUAAAAUUGUGUGUGUGUGUGUGUGUGUGUGUGUGUGUGUGUGUGUGUGUGUGUGUGUGUGUGUGUGUAAACUAAGGGUCCAAUUUAAGACUGGGUGAUGUUAGUGGCAUAAUAACAAGUUCUCUGGCCUGAUGCAUCACAUCACACACAUACACAUACAGAGAAAUUAGUGUAUCCAUGUAUGUCAAAUACAAGUUAAAAUAGCAGGGCAUUUAUAUGUAUAGAGUUGCAGUCUUCUAACAAAGGCAGACUGGAUCUCCGGACACAUUUGGGGAGAAAGUACUUUUUACUCUAUUUGUUUUGUAAGAAAUGUCCAGUUUUGAGUGAUUGUAGUAUGGAUGGAUUUUCUGGUUUUGUUAAUUAUUUCAGGUUUUUAACAAAUAGUUCACGAAAGAAGCUAUUUGAUUUACCGCAGAGGAAAAUACUUUUUAGUCUGGAUUUCUGCCCUGCUUAGAUUUUUAAAAAAGUAUAAGCAUGGAUUGCCAAUUCCACUUGAUGUAAACAAAACUUUUUAUACAUAAUAUAUAUAAUAACUUAUUGUAUCAGUCCAGGUUCAGAAACUUGUGGUAGGCCAGUUUCAGAUAGUUUCAUUUCACCUGUAAACUGUAUCACUUUUACUGAUAUUGUAAUUUUCAAAUGUAUAAUAUGUUUACAGAUGUGCCCUGCAUUUAGUGCUUUGUUCCUAGUUUGAUUUUUUUGUUGAGUCUCCUGCCUGCUUGCCAAAAGCUAGGAUGCUUCAGGCCCCGUGUACAAGUCAAAGGGAGGCAUCCUUGAGCUUUAAAGCAUUGAACAAACUGGAAAAUGCAACACGCCACAUACUGAACUGAAAAAAGUCUUGUGUUUUGUGUUUCUUUCUUUCUUUUUUUUUUUUUUAAUAAAAAUUUUCAAAAGUUAAAAAAAAAAGUUGAUUAAAGAAAAAAGAGGCUCCAGUUUGUUUUAUAGGUUUUAAAGUUCUGCUGUGUGUUUAAUUGCCUUGUGUAACCACUUGUCGCCUUAGGGCCAAAUUCUUACCCCAGUCAUUUUUUAAAUGUCCAUUUUGCUUGCCUGGAAUUUUAAAGUUCUUGGGUUGCACAAAUCACAAAAAACUUGCUUGGUUUGUGGCAUACAAGGUUGAACAUAAUCAAAAUGGAAAGAAAAAUCCAGUUUCCUGAAUUGGGCUUUUAAACAUAGAAGUAAUGCUUAGUACCUUUAAAAGCCUUCUCUUUCAUAAUUCCCUUUCCAUGUCCUUCACACCUGUUCAGAGAAGCUAAAGAGAAUGUAUCUCUUCUCUGUUUGUCCAAAGGUUGAGAGUCUCACUUUUAAAUGAAACAAUACAUUUCACUUUGAUUGCUCCACUGAAAUUUUCUUGGUUGAUAUGGUUAAGAGGUAUAUAUGUCUCUCAACUUUCUGGGAUCCCUAGUGGCCCAUCAGAUUAACUGUCAGUAUUUUUUGGACAUUGGGUUAAUGGACUUAAUUGCCUCAGUACAAGCAGGACUUUGGGACAAAUCUCCUUUGUGCUGUUGGAUACUUGUCUCUAUUUCUCCUUAGGUCCUCACACAAUUCCUUACAGAGCACUUAUUAAAAAAAGUCUUACGAGUUCAUCUGUUUUCUGAUUAUUUUUGUGUAAGCUUCUAAAGAAACAUCAGCUGUGAUUAAUUUAGCACAUUUAAAUAACAGUAUGUUGUUGGCAUAAAGAAUUUUUCUUCAACUCAGAGUAUUAGUACUGUAGCAUAAACCAAAUACAGUCUAGAGGGGAUUUUUAACAUCCCUCCAUUUAAAAGACUGAAAAAGAUGUGUGUGUAUGGAUGUAUGUAUGUUGGGGUGCUUGUGUGUGAGGGAAAGAUGAAGAUACUAAGAAUUAGUAAAUGAAUGUGUAAGACAUUAUAUUAGUAUUCAGAGAAUGAAACUUGUAUUUAUUUUGUGCCAUUUGUUUUCAUUACAUGGAAUAAAGUUGGGUGGUUUAAAUCCUUAAAGGGUAGUACUAGAGAAAAUGGCACUAAGGAUGAAAUCAUGACCUAUUUUUUUAAUAGCUAAGAAACUAAUUAUGGGUAAUGAUUUCUUUUUCAGUUUGUCUUGAUUGUAGGUUUUGCGUCACAUACCACUCACUUUUGUGUAAAAUGUCUUGAAUAAUCUCCCUUCCCCACAAAAGACAGGGUGUAUUUAUCUUUUCUCUAUUCACCCCCACUUCAACAACCUGAAGUUAAUUGAAUAGUGUUUCCUCUAACCUUAGUAAUGAACUUUCACAUCAAUAAAGUGUGUUUAUGGUGUCUAUAGUAGCCUGCCCUUUUCUACUUUCUAGGAGGGGAUAGCCAAUAUCUAGAGACUUGUUAGUGACAACUUUUUGCUGUCCUCCAUCUACUUCCUAGUUACCACUCAGAGUCUGCACAAAUUUCAUAAAUGAAAAAAAGUGUUUUUGGUUUGUUUUUUUUUAUGACAGUUUUUAAAGAAAAUAAACCCCAAUUGAUGAAGUAGUUUAUUCACACAAUAGGAGGACACAGCAGCAGCAGUUUCACACUUGGUGAUUAGACUUGUUGCCAGCUCUCACCAAAAGUUUUGUUUUGUUUGUUUUAUAAACUUUAAGGUCAGAGAAAGGGUAUGUAAUGUGAACUACCAGAUGGCUACAGGCAAGGAAAUUUAAGACUUGGCUCAAUUUAAAAGUCUGUCAAAUGUGGUAUGUGAGGGUGUCUCUCAGUCACUUCGUGUUCAAAUAGCUAAGGGUUUGAUGCCGCUUCCACUUGACCAUAUCUUCAAAGGACACAAUUCCUCUUACGUUAACCAGCUGAAGAACUAGUACAAUGUAGUGAGUGGGUCAAAUACAUGAAAUGGACAGUAGCCUGUUGAUGUAUGCCUGCCAGGGUAGACUUUGAUAGGACUGUCUAACCAUUGGAAAGGGUGGGAUAUGCUUAUCUUCCCCAUCCCCCAGUAGUUUGGAAAGGAAGCACAGAACCAGAGUAGAAGCAUGAGUAGCUGCUUAAAGAUGGCCAGAAGAACACAGGCUAACAGUUCUGAAAACGAGUGUUUAGAAACACUUAGAUAUGUUAGAAGCAAGGCUGUUCUGUGUUGGUGUAAAGAAUGAUAAAUCAACUCUACUCAAGUGCUGAUUUACUGAGUUUUAAGAAAGAAAGGCCUUGAAGAACUAUAGGAUGCCAGCAGUAGUUUGAGAGUUUUAAGCUCUAUGGUAAAAUGUUCAACAAAGCAUCAGUAGUUUGUUACUUUUGUAUUACAAGGACUAUCAAACAGCAGUUAGGAACUGGAAACCUAACAGACACCUGAGCUGUAGUGGGAUUGCUGGUUCAGACAUUUCCUAUUCAGAAAAUAUUGUUCUGUCCAGAGUUCUGAAGCCAUUUUACAUCGUUGUGGUGUCUGGUUUUUAACAGCCUUAUUAUAAAAGCUACAAAUGUUUACCCGCUAGUUCACUUUUGCUUUCACUGUAUAUCAGUUGUUAUCUACAGACCAAACCAACUUAGAUCAACAUUACAAUAGCUUUCCAUAUAUGCCCCCUUUUCCUCAGGUGCUAAACAAAGGCUCCAAAAUGAAUACUGCUUUAGUGACAUCUGUUUUAUUCUUAAAAUGCACAUUUCUUUUGCUAAUUGUAAAGAUUUGGUGUUAACAAAGUGGUUUUAAUAUGUAAAUAUGAACGAUACCUUAAGUUCUAUUUGUCUAUUAAGUCUUUGCAUUUAUCUUUUGUAGAUAAUUUUUCACAAUCUUGAAUACAUUUCAUUAGGUAUUAUUGCAUCUUUAGAAUGAAAACAACUGUUUUGUCUUAGAUAACGCCUGCUGCUGCUGCUAUGGGAAACUGAAAAUCAAGAAUGUGAUGCACUUUUUAACAUUACUAUAUACCAUAGGUUACUUUAAUAUCUUUUCUCUGUAGCACAGCCACUAACAAAAGUGAACAGAGUGUAUAAUUCUCUUCAGGAGUGAGUCAGUAGUCUGUAGUUUGUAUUGACCUAUGAAGGGGACAGUAACUUAGGAAUAAACUUUUGGUUAAUAUUAUACUUUUUGGCCUUAAAGUGUCUUCUACUACUGAAAAUAGUUUAAAUCUUAGCUUUGUUUCUAUUACUCUCUCUCUGCUUUAAAAAGAAUUAGGAUGAAUUAAAGGAAGUAAGUUUUUUUAAAUCAGUAAGCUGGCUUUUUUUUUUUUAAUUUGUAUCAGAGAAGUAAUGCUGCCCUGAACCAGUCAUAUUUAGUUUAACAAAGCUCCCAACUAUUCUGCUUCUCUAGUAUAUAUUUUACUUAACAAAGGUAAACAAAGUAUAAGAAUGCUACUUGACAAAGGAAAAAUCUUCUCAAGCACAUACUAAAAACAUGAAGGAGAAAAAACCCAAAAUGUGUAGGAGAGGAACACCAAAUGAGGUGGAGGAAUAUGAGAAAGAUGUGUGGUCCAAAGCUAUCUGGUUAUAUUUUGAUGUUGCCAAUAUUACAGAGCCAAAAUUUUAAUUUGCUUACUUAAUAUAUUUGUUGGCCAGAGAUCUAUUUUUAUAUCAGUGUGCCUUGCAUGUAUAUUAACUUUUGGAAAGGCCAUGUAGUAAUGCCUGAGAUGCUGAUGGUUCUUACCACCUCACUGAUUUUUACGCAGUUGAAAUGCUCAUUCUAUUGCCCAACUGGUGCUCUCUGUUUAAAGUCAUAGAUCUUGUCAAACUGGAACUCUUUUAUAAACUGGGGAAGUGACUUGCUUUUUCACUAGUUUGUCCUCACAGACCUCCCUCCCUCUCUCCCUCCCUCUCUCUCUCCCUCCUUCCCUCUCCCUCCCUCCCUCCCUCCCUCCCUCCCUCUCUCUCUCUCUCUCUUUCCCUCCCUCUCUCUCUCUCUCUCUCUCUCUCUCUCUCUCUCUCUCCCCCUCCCUCCCUCCCCCCCUCCCUCUCUCUCUCUCUCCUUCUCCUCUUUCUUUCUCUUUCUCUUUUUUCCCAGUCUGUUAGUGGCUGGUCUGUAGUGGGAAAUAGUAAAAAGGAUUCUUCACUACCUACCCCACCCCCGACACCACCUUCAAGUAAUGUGAUGACACCAUUUCUUUGUGCGCUUUGAAAAAAGUUUCAGCUUGCUGUCUCCUUUAGUGUUAUGAAAGGUGUUAUUAAAAGCAUUGUUUGCAAAAUACAGGAAGAUGAUGGGAGUCCACAUUUAAUUGGGGAUUCUUUGUGAGCUUUGGUCCAAAUUAUUGGCUCUUUCCAACAAAAUUUUUUAUUGUUAAAGCACCUUGCUUAGAAAAUUUUAAAUAUUCAUGUCUGCAACAAUUGUCUCUAAUAAACUGUGCAAUUCUUGUCAUUAAAAAAACAAAAAACAAAAACAGAUCUGAACUCCCUAAUGUGACUUGUUAGUUUCUGUAUUUCCUGCCAGUGUAAAUGUGAAAAGCUUUGCUUGCAUUACGUUUUAGAAAUGCAUUUUGCACACUCAGUUUUGCCGAAGCUCCGUGAAAAGGUUAGAUCUAAGUAGAUGAAUAAAGCUAUGCACAUGUUUUGAAAGUUUAAUUUGUGUGUCAUUACCAAAAGUCAUUAUUUUGCUGUUCUUAGCUUUACCAUCUUUGGAAACAUGGUUCAAAGUUACAAUUCUGGGCUAGCUCAUCAGUGGAAGUACAAGGGAGGAAAACUGGCACCCGGUGAAUAAAGUUCCGUUGAAAUGAGAGCUUGACUUGUUAUCUAUUAAAGAGCUUUUCUUGAAAUAGGGCAUUUGUAUCAGCUUUAUAAACCAUGGAUCUAAUGCUCUUCUCAGUGAGGGUUUGAAUAUGAAAAGAAAGGGAAAGUCAGUCAUUUAAGCUGAAAUGAAGGAAAGACCUUUGCUCUGUCACAGACCAAAGCUCUGUGACAAUGUUAUAAGUCUUAAAGCUGGUUUAAAGAUAGGGUGACCCCCCCCUUUUAAAUCUUUAUUGCUUUAACAUGAAUUUGAUUAGCUGGAUGAUUUGAUACCAAAAUCAUUCAGUUGUUUAAAAGUCAAAACACAUGUUUUUUUUUUUAAAAAAAAAAUCCCAAGCUGAUAACAAGUUCAGGAGUUGGGCACAUUGGGUUCAUUCACUGCAGUUGCAUGUACUAAGUAGUUUCACAUAACAUGAAGUGUGCACUUAAUAAGGUUGUAUAGAUGCGCUGGCCAGAUCUUGUCAUUCAUCUUUUAACAGAUAACUUCUGUAAAUUUUCUUAGGACAUUUGUAGGAGAAGUUGGGUAGAAGAUAACUAACAAUGGCAUUUUCCCCAGGCUCCUAGAUAUGAGAUUUCAUUUUACAGCUUUGUCUAUAUCUAAAAGAGGAUUUACUUCUCUUUCAUUUUGGUGUGUGUUAUCGACUUUAAAAAUAAAGCAGAAAUUCUGUUCAUAGUGGAAGUUAACGACUAGUAAAAUAUUCAAAAUGUGGUCUAUAAUGCAUAGCCUUACAAACACAGGUAGUAGCAAACAGCAUGGAUGGCUUCCAGUACUCUUGAGCAUCUACCAGUAGUUCAUUUAUGUCCAGUCUUAGAGCACACUGGUAGCUGGGUUUUAUGGUGCACACCUGUAAUCCUGGCAACCAGAAGGCUGAAGCAGGAGGAUUGUGAGUUCAAAGCUAGACUGGCCUGCAUAGCAACAACAUAGCAAAUGUAUUGGAGAAGUAAUCUCUGUAUUGUGUGCACAGACAUUUACUUAGGAGCUGGGUUGCCUUUAAUUUUGGGAGGGAAUACUUAGUGAAUUACAGUUAUGUUAGAUGUUGGCCCUUUUCCCUCUGGAAAUUUUUUCAGUAUUUGUUUUGCCCAGUUUAAAAAAUAAUAAAAGUAGGUAUUUUCUAGAUAGAAGAACAGUGACCAGAAAUUUACCGUUUUGCUAAGUAACUAACUGCUUAGGUAUUUACUAAAGCUGUUGCUGAUGUUAUGGAUUCCAAGGAAGUAUCAGUUACAUGAUGAUCUUCCUUUAUCAAUGUCUUACUUAAUGUUCAGUGUUUUAAAAAUACAAAAUUACACUCUACAACCAUACUCAGAUUUACUUAUUUUAUCAGAAAAACUUGAGAGAUUUGUAGAUCAAAUAAGACAAUAAGUGUACAUUGUUGAAUAAAAAACAUUUCAAGUUUU